UUAUCAAUAUCUUCCAAUGGCGAGUGUAAAACGAGUUUGUUAUUGUGUAUCGAAUUUUGAUGUGUAGUAGUUUCUUGAAAUAUCUGAUUGAUUCGUAAACAUAGUUGAACAAUGUCUAGCAACGAAGAGAAAGCGAUGGCACUGCUUGCAGAAGCUGACAAAAAGCUCAAUUCGUCUAAGGGAUUUUUUUCAUCACUUUUUGGAAACGUUUCCAAAGUCGAAGAUGCAAUUGACUGUUAUCAACGGGCUGCCAACUUAUUUAAGAUGGCUAAAAAAUGGUCUCAAGCUGGCAAAGCAUUUUGCUUGGCUGCUGAUCUUAAUUCUAAAUCCGGCCGUAAACAUGAUGCAGCUACAAACUAUGUAGACUCUGCAAAUUGUUAUAAAAAAACUGAUCCUAAUGAGGCUGCAGGUUGCUUGGAAAAAGCAAUCGAUAUCUACACUGAUAUGGGCCGUUUCACAAUGGCGGCUAAACAACAUCAAAACAUUGCUGAAAUGUAUGAGACUGAGGCUGUUGACUUGGAACGCGCUAUAAACAAUUACGAAAAAGCAGCUGAUUAUUUUAUGGCAGAAGAGAGCAAAAGCUCGGCGAAUAAAUGUAAGCUCAAAGUAGCUCAGUAUGCCGCACAACUAGAAGAUUACGACAGAGCAAUACAAAUCUAUGAAGAGGUCGCUGGAACAUCUUUGGAUAGUUCUUUGUUGAAAUACAGUGCUAAAGAAUAUUAUUUCCGAGCGGCUUUGUGUCAUUUAUGUGUUGAUGUUCUCAAUGCUCAAUUGGCUAUGAAUCAAUACAUUGAACGCUAUCCCGCAUUCCAAGAUAGUCGAGAAUACAAAUUGUUGCAGGUCUUGUUGAAUCACAUUCAAGAACAGAAUGCUGAUGGAUUCACAGAAGCCGUCAAAGAUUACGACUCCAUCUCGAGAUUGGAUCAAUGGUAUACUACGAUAUUGUUGCGCAUAAAAAAAUUAGUAAACGAUACCCCGGAUUUGCGUUAACCGACCACAAUUUGUGCAAUUUUAUAUUCUUUAAAAUAAUGAUAUCAUCUACCUAUUCAACAAAUGCAUCAAUAAAUCUAAAUUCUAAGCCUCAGUGACCUUUAUAUAUAGGAAUAAAGAAAGUAAAUAAUAUUAGAUUUAUGCUAAUCGAUUAUUUGAAGAUCAAAUUGGUAUAAUUCUCUUAAUGAUAUUUUGUCCAUUCUAUAUGGUGUUGUUAUGUUAACUGGUAUGUAAGCGUUAAAAUACAUUAUAUAGGUCUUCUUGUUAUUAGUACGUUAAUUCUUAAUUGUCUACCUUUACUCUAUGGAAAUCAUUAAAACUUAGCGAAUGAGUUGUCGCUACCUACUGACAUUCCUUUCAUAGCGUUUAUGUGCUGAAAUGUUAUGAAUUAUUAUGCUAAUAAUGAUAUCAUAAAAUAUUCUUACGUAAUAUUCUACUAAAUCCACUUUUUCCAUUUCUAUGAUUACUAUGAUUUUUGAAUAACCAUAUGCAUAAAUCAAUUUUUGUACGAUUUUAACCAAAUUUUAAAGUUUUGUUAAUUUUAUCUCAACAUUAGUCAACUUAGAUGGUUAUUACUUUAGGAAUGUAUAACAAUGAAUCAAAUGAUAGACUUAUCAGUCUAUGGUAGAACGAUGGAGUUGUAGAUAAUCUUAACAAAAGCUUUAUAAGUAGAUUUAUUGUGUGCAUAUUAGCAAGUGUUAUUUAGGUAUAUGAAAAAUAUAGGUUAUUUUAUAUAAUUUAAAAAAUAGAUAUUUAUG